UCUCCCGGUUGCCAUGGCGGCGGGUUGGCGGCCGCGGCCCUGAGCUGCGCGGGAACCCGCCCGCGGCCUACCUCGUCUCCGCCCUGUCCCGCCAUGGAGGACGAGCUCUACCUCGAGAACAUCGAUGAGUUCGUCACCGACCAGAACCGCAUCGUCACGUACAAAUGGCUAAGCUACACUCUGGGAGUUCACGUCAACCAGGCUAAACAGAUGCUGUAUGAUUACGUGGAGAGGAAACGAAAGGAGAAUUCAGGAGCUCAGCUUCAUGUCACCUACUUAGUAGCAGGAAGCCUCAUCCAGAAUGGACACGUUUGCCACAAGGUUGCAGUAGUGAGAGAGGAUAAACUCGAAGCAAUGAAGUCUAAACUAAGCACUCUUGCAAGUGUGCAUGUCUACAGCAUUCAGAAAGCCUUGCUGAAGGACAGCGGGCCGCUCUACAACACGGACUACGAUAUCGUCAAAGCGAACCUCCACAACUGCAGCAAGUUUAGUGCCAUUCGAUGUGCCGCUGCCAUCCCCAGGCCCUUGGCUGAAGUUUCUCCAGCGCAGACGUCUGCUCAGGCUGGGUCCCAGAGUGACACCAACACCCUCAACGCGCCCGUGGUCAACGGCCACGGUCCGGCGGCCUCUAAACAGACCUCGCAGCAGCCCAAAGGGAUCAUGGGAAUGUUUGCAGCCAAAGCAGCUUCCAAAACCCAAGAUGCAAAUAAAGAAACGAAAGCAGAGGCGAAGGAGGCCCCAGGUGUGUCCACAGCAAGCAGCAAACCGUCGGCGAAGAGCAACAUCAUGAACAACUUCUUUGGAAAAGCUGCCAUGAAUAAACUUAAAGUCAACUCUGUGCCCGAGCAGCCAAAGGAAGAGAAAGAAGUAGUCAAGCCUUCAGUUGCUGAAGCAGAACCAGAAUCAGCCCCUAAUACUGUAGUAGAAAAACCUGGGAAGAAAACAGAGUCUGCUAGAAGUCAACAAAAGGACAAAAAAAGUAAAGCGAAGAGGGUGGACAAGUCGGAUAACGAGGAAGAAAGAGAUCCAGAAAAUCUAAAGAAAAAGAGGAAGCGAAUCAAGCAACUCGUGUCUGACAGCAGUGAUGAGGAAGCAGAUGUCCCACCGCCUCCCACACCUGAGGAAGAGAAAGCUCCAUCUCCACCCCCUGUACCUGCUCUGAAAACUGAACUGGAGCCUGUGUGCACGGAGGUUUCAGCUGGAGGGAGGAAGAGGAAACGGAAGCGUGUGCUGAAAUCCAAAAUGUUUAUUGACGAAGAAGAAGGCUGCAUGGUGACCGAGAAGGUUUACGAGAGCGAAUCCUGUACAGACAGCGAAGAUGACUUCGCCAAGUCCAAGCCACCAGCUGCCCCCAAACAGCCUGCCCUGCCUCUCAAGAGAGAACCCAAGGAGGAGAAGAAGAACCCAAAGAAAGGGGCAGCUACUGCCAACAGAGCCAACAAACAGGUCUCCAUCAUGGGCUUUUUCCAGAAGAAAUGAACUGGGUUGCUCUUUUUUUGCGUGGCUUUCCCAAAGCCGCCGCGUUGGAGGAGAACAUCUUCGCAAUCUUCCCUUACGUAAGAUAUCUUGCUUACUGUGUAAGUAAGCCCUCUGGACUAGAUUUUUUAGGGGGGAAAAGAAGCGUUUGAUGUGUUAUUGCAAUCAUUUCGAUCGCCUUAACGAAGCAGUACGGCAACGGCCAAAUCUAGAGAAAAAACUCUUGAAAGACUCUUAAUCUAUUCACAGGAAUUUUUUUAUUUUUUUAUUCAACCUCUAACCUAUUCAGUGUUGAUGGGCUCUUCCACAAGUGGUAGUUGGACUUAUUUAGGAGUCAAGUUGUGGCUUUUUUUUUUUUUUCCCCCCCCCCCUCCCUCUCUUUACACCCCAAACUCUCCAGAUUGAUCUAAAUGAUGUUCACCUUGGUUAGAAGCCGAAAUGUAGCAGGUCUUCGGGCAUCCACACAAAAAUACCGAACAUCUGCUUCAGCUUUAACUGAAUGAAAUGAACUUUAAUUUUCCCCCUAAGGCUGGUAAAUAGUUUUUGCUCUGCCUUUCAUAAUCUCUUUUUUGGACAAAGCGGCGCAUAUAAAAUUCUCUUGCUCUUUUCCUCCUCGAACGGAUCCUCUGUAAACUGCUCGGAUGCCUAAUUAUAGAGCGGGGACGCUGGUGCUGCUCUGUCUUUUUUGCAAAAAAAACAACAAAUCUUUGAGGCUUCCCACACAAUUGGCUCCGGCUUAAUUAGGGGAAGGCUUCGCUGUUAUUGGGAAAGCAACUGUGUCUUUAACCUUGAAAGUUAAGGAGUCAAAGGGCAGGGUGAUUAGAGGGCAGUUCUGAUAACACCAGCCAGGUACCCGCUGUCCCUCCUGCGUGAAGAAUUGCACGCUGCUUUUUUGGGGGGGUUUUGUCGUUUUUGGGUUGGCUGAAGUUUGGUGGGGUGUUUUUUUUUUUUUUUUUUUUAUGGGUGUAUAAACCAGACAAGGGGAGAGUUGUUUUCUAGGACAUCUCGUCAUCUGCCUCUUUGAGGGAAGCAAACGGUCCUGAGGAACCGGUUAUUGGAGAUGAAUAAAGCACUGCGAGUCCUGUUAAUCAGAAAUGAGUCUUUCUGUUGGAUGCCUCCUGAUUUUUUUUUUAUUCUGGUGCUAAAUUUCAUAGAUACGUGUAAAAAAAGCCAGAUUUUCCAGAGGAUGGGUGCUGAGCUUCUCUGAAGCUUGGCCUGGUGAGGGCUCCCAAAUGAGUGCCCGAUGUCAUUGGCGGUUGGUUGAGUGGUGUUAGGUCAAUGUAUAUAUGAAUAUAUAUGUCCUUAUGGGUAUAGAAAGUGCUUGUGGUUCCAGAAAGGUAGAUAAAGUCUUGAAGAGCAUUGAACCAAGGAAGAAAUGUCUUCAGGCACCUGGUUGAAAGUAUUCUGAGCCUCUUGCACAAGCUGGAAAAGGUUUCAUGCUCUCGUUGGAGUGACCUGGGCAGCAGAGGGCCGUGGGGGAAGAAUGAGCAACCUUGUUCUGACUUUUAUGAAGAAAAUUUAACUGUAAAAAAAAAAAAAAAAACAACAAACCAACCAAACCAUACUGCCGUAGUGUUUCUGUUUCUUUUGGUAGAAGUGGGGGUGUAUUUUGAAAAGUAAUAAGUA